GAAAAUAAGAAGAUUAUUUAUGCUAUAUUUUUGUUGGAGAGGAGAUUAAGUUUUACCCUAAACUGUUAAUGUUUUAAAAUUCAGUUCCCAUUUAUUUUUCUCUUUCAUUCUCGCCAAAUUCAUCAUCGGGCAGUGCUUCUCCGGCGAAACUACGGUUUCAUUAACAAAUUCACCGUAAAACCCAAUUAUCUCUGCCAAAGCUCCAGCUGGGCACUCCGGCCAACUCUCUUGGCCGGUUCUUAACAUUUCAUCGCGACCAGCAGCACAAGAUUCUGCAUAAUACAGAACUGUUGCUGAUCAUUUUGUGAUGGAUCAUUCACGAUCAGUCUCCGGGAUUGGUGAAGAUAAUGUUGGGAUUCCAGAUGAUUUGCGUUGCAAGAGAUCAGAUGGGAAACAGUGGAGAUGCACUGCCAUGUCCAUGCCAGAUAAGACAGUAUGUGAAAAGCACUAUAUUCAGGCAAAGAAGAGGGCUGCUAAUUCUGCAAUGCGAGCUAAUUUAAAGAAAGCCAAGCGAAAGUCCUUGGGUGAAAGUGAUAUUUACUUAGAGAGUAAGAGUGAUGAUUUUGAUGUGCCACUUGUGACUCCGAAAGUUGAGGAGUAUUCUGCUCCUGUCCAUAGGAAAAAGUACUUUGAGAAGGUAUCCAAGAAUCAGUUUCGCUACUCUCCUGAAACUCCACCAGUGAGAAGUUUUUCUGUACGAAAUUCUCCGAAGCUAGAUGAUGAUUCACAUUUAGACUUAGCGCAGUAUGAAGAGAAUUUCAGAUCAUAUAAAACAACGCCUAAUUCUGCCGUGGACUCAUCCAGAAACAGAUCACAGAGAAGCUUUGAUGCUAAUGCGACGACAGUUUCGGAGUACUCUGAUCAAAGCACAGAAUCAUCUGAAGAGACUGGUGGCCAAACAUGCCAUCAGUGUCGAAGGAAUGACCGAGAAAGAGUUAUUUGGUGCCUCAAAUGUGAUCGAAGAGGAUACUGCGAUAGUUGUAUAUCUAAAUGGUACCCGGACACCUCAGUGGAAGAUAUUCAAAGAAUAUGCCCCGCGUGUCAUGGUAAUUGUAACUGUAAAGUUUGCUUACGUGGAGAUAAUUUAUUAAAGGUAAGAAUAAAGGAGAUCCCUGCCCUGGAUAAAUUACAAUAUCUCCACUGUCUGCUAUCUUCGGUGCUUCCUGUUGUCAAGCAAAUCCAUCAUGAGCAGUGCUCUGAGGUAGAAUUGGAGAAAAGGCUUCGUGGAACUGACAUUGAUCUUUCAAGGACACGAUUGAAUGUAGAUGAGCAAAUGUGCUGCAAUUUCUGUCGAAUUCCCAUCAUUGAUUAUCAUCGGCAUUGUGCAAACUGCUCUUAUGACCUUUGUCUUAGUUGCUCUAGAGAUUUAAGGGAAGCAUCUGUGGCUUGUAUUAAUGGAGUUGCAGAUAGUAAGAUUGGCAGAGAAAGUGAAGAUAAGGAGUCUGUGGUGGAGCUACUGCCUAGGGUCAAACUGAACUUUUCAGACAAAUUUCCUGAGUGGAAAGCCAACAGUGAUAGUAGCAUUCCAUGCCCCCCAAAGGAGUACGGUGGCUGCGGAUAUUCAUCAUUGAAUCUAAGUCGCAUUUUUAAGAUGAAUUGGGUAGCAAAAUUGGUGAAAAAUGUUGAGGAAAUGGUAAGUGGGUGUAGGGUUUAUAGGGAUGCCAACAUGGAGAAAAUCAUGUUUAAUGAUCCUAGGCACUGCCAAUAUGCUCAUCGGGAGGAUGGUGAUGCUAAUUUCUUGUACUGCCCUACGUCAGAAGAUAUUAAAUCUAGUGGGGUUGGUGACUUUAGAAAGCAUUGGGCUAGAGGUGAGCCCAUCAUUGUUAAUCAGGUUUUUGAUAGUUCAUACUCUUCAAGUUGGGACCCAAUGGUGAUAUGGAGAGGGAUACAGGAGACUAAGGAUGAGAAAUUGAAAGAUGAGAACAGAAUGGUAAAGGCGAUAGAUUGUCUUGAUUGGUCUGAGAUUGAUAUUGAACUUGGUCAGUUUCUAGAAGGAUAUUCUGAGGGACGGCUCCGUGAAAAUGGUAAGCAAGAGCUAUUGAAGUUGAAUGAUUGGCCUUGCCCAAGUGCAGCUGAGGAGUUCUUAUUGUACCAGAGACCUGAAUUUAUUGGUAAAUUGCCUUUACUUGAGUAUAUCCACUCCAAGUGGGGUCUUCUCAAUGUUGCAGCAAAACUCCCACACUACUCUUUGCAGAAUGAUGUGGGGCCUAAGAUUUUUACUUCCUAUGGGACAUACGAUGAACUUAGUGAGGGCAAUUCUGUCACCAAUCUUCAUUUCAACAUAAGAGACAUGGUGUAUCUUUUGGUGAAUACAUGUGAGGUGAAAUUAAAAGGUCAGCCAACAACAAAGAUUGAGAAGAUGCCUCAAGCUUUUGAGGAAUCUGAGGAGAAAGAUACAGAAGGAGAUGGAAAAGUAGGUGGGGACGAGGGUAGGUCACCUGAUAUAUCACUUGGGGAACACAGUUUGGAAAUUGAAAAUCAUGCAAAUUUGGAUGAAAAUAGAGAUGUUGAGAUGAUGGAUCAAGGGAUUGAUAAUACUUGUAGUGUUGGAGAUGCUGCCAUUGGGGAACACUCAAACCAGAAUGGUGGAGAUGUUUCUGAAAAGACUCGUCCAGGAGUUUUAUGGGAUGUUUUUCGCCGUGAAGAUGUUCCAAAAGUAUCUGAGUACCUGAGAAUGCACCAGGAGGAGUUUGGGUUGCUCGACUGUGAAUCAUAUGAUUUUGUUACAAGGCCACUUUAUGAUGAGAGGUUUUUCUUGAAUGUGUAUCACAAACAAAAACUGAAGGAAGAAUUUGGAGUUGAGCCAUGGUCCUUUGAACAGCAUCUGGGGCAAGCUGUAUUUGUCCCAGCUGGGUGUCCUUUUCAAGUAAGAAAUCUUCAGUCCAAUGUUCAGUUAGGACUUGAUUUCUUAUCUCCUGAAAGCCUGGGGGAGGCUGUAAAAUUAGCUGAAGAAAUUCGCUGUCUUCCGAAUGAGCACGAAGCAAAACUUCAAGUAUUGGAGGUAGGGAAGAUAUCACUUUAUGCUGCUAGUGCAGCUAUUAAAGAAGUCCAGAAACUGGUGCUUGAUCCAAAGCUUGGCUUAGAGCUGGGAUUCGAAGAUCCUAAUUUGACAGCCGCAGUUUCUGAUAACUUAGAGAAAAUGAUCAAGCGAAGACAGAUAACUUGUGCUUGAAUUAGUCUAUAUAUGUACCUAAUCACACACUUAAAAAUAUAGGAAGAUUCAAGUCACCCUGAUGGCCAUGAGGCUCGGAUUUAUAUUCAAUAUGUAAAUUUAGUCAUGUAUAAAUCUAAUUUUUUGCACUCACAAAGUUAGGUGUUGGUACCUCAUAGUCAUCUCAAGAAAAACAAUCUGUCUAAUCAAUUUAUAUACUAGAAUGUGCUUCUUUUUUGGUUUUU